GUCCCGUCUCUUCAUUCCUGUCUGCUCAGUGUCUGAAGACAGGUUUUCAUGCAGCGACAGAGGACUAACAUUUGACCCAACAGGACGAUGGUUCCAGUUAAACUCCUCAUUCUUGGAUCUCAAAACUCUGGAAAAACAGCUCUGUGUGUUCGAUUCAUUACCAAGCGCUUCAUUGGGGAAUACGACCAUAAAAAAGAGGUGACCUACAGGUGCAGUCGGGUGGUGGACCAGGAAGCUGUUGAUCUGGAGAUUUUGGAUUUAGCUUGUAAGGACAACUGUGCAGCCUCUCUGGAGGCGUCGCUCCGCUGGGCCGACGGCUUCUUGCUGCUCUACUCCAUCACACAGCGCCUCAGCUUCCUGGAGGUUCCUCACCUCAAGAAACUCAUUGACCAAACCAAGCAGUGUCUGGUUGUUCCUACAGUGCUGGUAGCCAAUAAAGCGGACCUGGAACUCGGCAGGGAGGUCACAACAGAGGAAGGACAGAGACUGGCCAAGGAUUUAAGGUGUGGUUUCAGGGAGCUGUCGGUGGCAGAAUCUGUUUUAGCUGUGGAAGCCGCCGUGAUUCAGCUCAUCAGGUUGGUGUUGGAUCAGCAGCGUCCUCUUCCUGACCGACGCUCCUACAUGCUGACUGUUCGCCACGCUCUGACCCGGAAACUGACCCGAUCCAAAACCAUGCAGUGGUGACGGCAGCGAGAAACCAGUCUGCAGCUAUUCCAGUGGGACAUUUGAGAAAAUGGACUCUUGAAGUAUUUCAUAGACGGAGACAGAGGAGAGGGACGAUGACAACAAUGGAUGUGUGGCGAGGCGAUGACAUCACAGCGGUCACCAAGGAGACGAAAGUUCAGAACCCGAGUCACCUCUUCCUCUCAGAAUAGAAGAUGAGUCAUCAUCCUCGCAUCAUCACACCGGGAGCCAAUCGGAGCGCUGCGUGUCACCACCUGCAUCAACAGACAACAGACCAAUCACAGAGCGACGGCUUUUCAAUUUUUAUACAUUUUAUGUUCUGAAUAAAUACAUUAAUUAAAUUAAAUGCUCUUUCCGGAACUAGAAGUUUGUAAACAAAUAAAAUAAACCAUAUUA